AUGAAUAAAGUGAUUUUAAACAGAUACAGAAUUGUCUACCUGCAUUUAUCUCGGUAUAAUUCUAUCAAGACAUAUAGAGCUGAUAAUCCUGAAAUACAUGCAAGGGACAGUGAAUUCAAGCAACCACCCGGCUAUCUUCCACCACACAUAUGGAUGAAGCAGCGUCAAGAGAAAGAAGCUUUGAAAAAAGCUUUAUUCGGUGAAGGCAAGAAAGAGCACACACUAGCAGAAAAGACAUACCUAUCAUGUGCUUCGCAUGCUUCUCUCUCUGGUGCGCCAGUCACAGAAGACUUCUCUUACGAAAUUGUCAAUAAUAUCACUGAAAUCCCGAAAUUGGAUAUAAAAUUGUUGAGUAAUCUUAAUUCUAUGGGAUUAUUUGAUCUGACUCCUGUUCAGAAACAUGCUAUCGGUAUAAUGUCAGUUGAUGAAUAUGAAAAGGUUGAUGUAACAAAGAGUAAAUCAAAUCUUGACGAAGAAGAUGCACCAAAUAAUUAUCCUCUAUAUGAACGUGUCACUGGUAAAUAUGACUUAAUGGCUGCUGCACAAACUGGAUCGGGUAAAACACUGGCUUAUCUUCUUCCAUCGUUAAAUCGUUUACUUCGAGUUUAUCCAUACGAAGCAAUGCAGUCUCUACUCAACUCUCGUUCCCCAUGCCAGUAUCCUUCAUCAUUGAUUUUGGCACCAACUCGUGAACUAGUCCAGCAGAUUCUAUCAGAAUUACUCAAGUUAUGCAAUCAGACUUUUGUUCGUCCCGUAGCUGUAUAUGGUGGUGAUCGACCAGAAAAACAGUUGUAUGAAUUACAAAAAGGAUGUCAUUUAAUUGUUGCCACUCCAGGUAGACUUUUGGACUUUCUACAGCGGGAUGCAAUAUGUUUGAAAUUCUGCAGAUCUUUAAUACUUGAUGAAGCCGAUCGAAUGUUGGAUAUGGGCUUUGAAAAACAAAUACGUCAAAUACUAGAGUCACCAAAGUAUAAAAUGCCACCACCAUUGGGAAAUUGUAGACAAACUGUACUUUUUAGUGCAACAUUUCCACGUGAAGUUAGUCUUCUAGCGAAAGAUUUUAUGCGUGGUCCAAAAUGCAUUUCACUUACUCUAACGAAUCCAGAACAUAACACUGGUACUGUAGUUCCUACUUGGGGUAAACGAAUUAAUCAUCAUGUAGAAGAUGAAUUUGAUCGUCUUACACGAAUAAUUCCCAAAGAAAUUGAUCAGCGUAUUGAAGUGGUUAACGGGAAUCCAGAUACAGUCAUACCAGAACGUCUUGUACAACUAAUUCAAGAAAUAAAAACAACUACUGAGGCAGCUUUGAAUUCAUCAGAUGACAGUACUUGUCGAAUUCUUGUAUUUUGUAAUACUAAAAGAGAAGUUGAUGCUAUUGAUAAAUAUCUAUACUCCAGCGGUGUACAAUCAGCUGCAAUUCAUGGUGAUAAAUCUCAAGUUGCUCGUGGUAAAGCCUUAGAUUUAUUCCGUAAAGGAAGAGUUCAUGUUCUCGUCGCUUCAUCUGUUGCUGCUCGAGGUAUUGACAUUCCCAACGUUCGUACAGUCAUAAACAUCGGCUUACCAAGAGAAAUCGAUGAUUAUGUUCAUCGAAUUGGGCGAACAGGUCGUAUGGGUAGAACUGGUGAAGCUGUUACACUUAUCAAUGAGUCUGUAUUGAGAAGUGAUGAAGGCACUAAAACAUUGUCACGUGGAAUUUGUCAACUCUUCCAAUCAAUUGGUAUUUCAAAAAAAGUUCCUCAAAUUUUAUUGGAAUAUGCUAAUAUGGAUAUUGGUGAAAAUGAAGGAUACUCUCGUUUUAAUAAUAACCAUAAUAGUAAUAAGAAGAAAGGCUAUUCAAAUUCCAAAUCGCAUUCAUCAUUCUCGAAGGGUUACAAAACUGGACGCUCCACUGAUGAUGUGAUGAGAAGGUAUUCAUAA